AUGGAAUUGGGCGUCACGGGUGCCUGGCUGCUGAUACGAGAUAUUUUACCGAGGCGCUUCUCCGACUUCUGUUGGUCGACCUUCUUCACCCUCGUACAUGACAUUUUAACCUUGCUGUGCCCUAUUAUCAUGAUGGAGAAGGACGAUCUGAAGAGGCUAAACGCUAGCAUCGACGCAGUCGCUGACAUGGUCGUAUCUGGAGCGCCUAACCACUUUUCACUCCCAUUCCUGAACAAUAUGGAAAUUGUGGAGGCCGAGCAGAAUUCGCCGUCAACGUCGCGAAUUGUUUACCGCUUCCCAGUCGUUCCAGAGUAUCUGAAUCCGGCUGGUGGCAUUCAUGGUGGUGCGGUUGCCACAAUCUUCGACAUUACCACCUCAUGGUUGCUCUUUCUCAUUGGAAGGCCCGGAUUUUGGGAGCGUACGGGUACUACCAGGACUCUAAACUGUAGCUACCUUAGGCCCGCAGCUGGAGGACAGAUCAUUAGGCUUGAAGCUGAGGUCGUCCAUGCUGGGAGACGGCUCGCUUUCUUGAAGGGUAUCAUGAUGAGAGAAUCUGAUGGCGCAAAGAUCGCGGCAUGUGAGCAUCACAAAUAUAACGUCGAGGGCGAGUCCAAGGUGUAG